AGAUCAGUGGGUGAUCUGGGAUUUUGGGGACACUGCAUCUCACCAAAGGCUUCUGGCGUUGCAGGAGUGCCGGAUCGCGCAUCCCAUUGUCAAAUGCACUUACUGCAGGACUGAAUUCCAGCAGGAGAGCAAAACCAACACAAUAUGCAAGAAGUGUGCUCAGAAUGUGAAGCUCUACGGCACACCCAAACCCUGCCAGUACUGCAACAUCAUAGCAGCAUUUAUUGGAAACAAGUGCCAGCGUUGCACAAACUCGGAGAAGAAGUACGGACCUCCCCACUCCUGCGAGCAGUGCAAGCAGCAGUGUGCGUUUGACCGGAAGGAUGAUAGGAAGAAGGUGGAUGGAAAGCUGCUGUGCUGGUUAUGCACUCUGUCCUAUAAACGGGUCCUGCAGAAGACCAAAGAGCAGUGCAAACACCUGAGCAGCUCUUCCCGAGCAAGCCUGCAAGAGAAGGAACAGUACAGUAGGCUCAGCAGUGGCAGCCACUAUAACAGCCAGAAAACCUUAUCCACCUCUUCUAUUCAGAAUGAAAUCCCAAAGAAGAAAGCCAAGUUUGAUGCCAUAUCUGCCAAUGGUGACAGUUUUUCUCCGGACCUCGCCCUGGACUCUCCUGGCACUGACCACUUUGUUAUCAUUGCCCAGCUGAAGGAGGAAGUGGCUACUUUAAAAAAGAUGCUGCACCAAAAAGAUCAGAUGAUUUUGGAGAAGGAGAAGAAGAUCACAGAGCUGAAAGCUGACCUGCAAUACCAGGAGUCGCAGAUGAGGGCAAAGAUGAACCAAAUGGAGAAGACACACAAGGAGGUCAUGGAGCAGUUACAGGCCAAGAACAGAGAACUCCUGAAGCAAGCAGCUGCCCUAUCGAAGGGCAAAAAGCCUGAGAAGUCGGGAGCAAUAACUUCCCCUUAAAACCAAACCCCUCCCCAAUCUGGGAGCUUUUCCCAGCAUUAGCCAAGGACUCUAGGAGACCUCCCUGAUCGCUGGAAACUAAAACCUCAGCGUUGUCACUCUCCCACUGCCGAGGACUCGAUGGAAUCACCUGGUGUGUGUUGCCUUUCGACAGCUCCAGCGUGGCUGCUUUCAACCAACCCAUACCACGGUGAUCUGCAGGGAGAGGUCCCAGCCAUCCUCAAUCCCCCCCCUCCACCCUGAACUACUGCUUUCUGGAAGA